CGCGGAGAGGGCCAUAUCUGGUGCGGAUGUGGAUUCAAUAUGAAUGCUGGGGACACCGACGCCGCCGUGGCUGAUCUCAAGGGCCAGUUGGACCGUAUGGCAAGCGGUGGAACUAUCUGCCUGGCCUAUUACUCGAUCCGUGGAGGUACGGUCGCUUUCGCAUGCAAUCGCAGUGAUCGCAGCAAGAGGAUUGACGGCGACAACUUCGCCGGCUACUUGAGGGCCAUCACAUCCUCGUGCGGUCUAUACAUUGCAGGUACAUACCAGGUAUUUGAUGAUGCGUAUCCCUUGAUGGCUGGCUACAUGUAA